AUGAUCCGCAUCCAUUUAGCUAACCUGUACCACGGUGUUUCACCCGAUCAAUUUCAAGCCGAUCGUGUUCUACGGGAGGAUGUGUGCGCCCUGGCAGAAGGACGGCUGAUCGGGGAGCUCAUAGCAGCUGGGCAUGAGAUCCCUCCUGGCAAUGAGAUUAGGAAACCACCUGAGUUUGAGGUGAUUGGCGAUGAGGUGGAGGAUAGGGAGUGGAGAGCGGAGAUGGCAGAGCGGAUGCAUAGGCUGGAGGUUCGAAAUGAGAGUCAGGCAGUGGCUAUUGCCAAGCUCGAGAGGCAACUGCGUGAGCUGAUGCUGUCCCGUACUCCACAGCCGGGCAUUGGCGGUGUGGAUAUAGGGGAGGGACAUGGUGAUGUGGGAGGGGACGUUGCAGGAGAGGGACAUGUUGAUGUGGGACAGGUAGCUACAGGGCAGGGACAUGGGGAUGCGGGAGGGGAUGCUGUAGGGGAGGGACAUGGGGAUGUGGGAGGGAACAACGCUGGCACACAUGACAGCAUGAGAGGUGCACAUGGCGAGGGUCCUGAGGCUGACGUUGAGGCGGGUGUAGGUGGGAUUAACAGUCAGGGUACAUGGCCUGACAUAUUCACAGUCGACUUCUCCCAACAAUCCCAACCCAACGUCCCACGGCUCCGCACUGGCAAGCGAGCCAGCAACAGGGACAUGUAUGGCUUCACGCUCCAAGGCCAGUACACGGAUAUCUACAAGACGUACGCGCGCAUUUACCAGGUGGAGGAGGAGGAACGGUCAGACCGAUGGGACAAGUUCUUGCAGCACUGCGACCUCUCCUUCCACGAACCUUCCUCUUCCACCCGAACACCAGCAGCAGCAGAGGCAGCAGAGGCAGAGGCAGCAGGAGAUGCGUCUAGCGGUGUAGAUAAGGGAGAGGCGGAGGGAGGCAAUGGUGCUACAGAAGGAAAAGGAGAAACCCACAAUGCUGUGGCUGAUAAGGAUGCUUCUUGUAAGGAGGAUGUUGGUAAGGAGAAUGCUUUGAAGGAGACAGAGAGUGGAGGCAAAGAGGGGGAAGGCAAGGCUGUUUCCAGUACAGGAGCAGCAGAUGGGAAGGCUGGAGACGAAGGGAAAGAGGGUCUGAAGGCGGCUGAAGAGAAGAAGUUGCAAGAUGGUGAGGAGGGUGGGGGAAAGAAGACAUCUGUGGAAGGUGGUGGUGAUGGUGAGGGCGGGGCGAAGGUGGCGAGUGGAGUGGAGGGAGAAACCAAGGUUGAGGUUAAGGGUAAGGGUUCAAAACCGAAAGCAGAGGAGGAAGAGGAGGAGGAGGAGGAGGAAGAAGAGGAGGAAGAGGAGGAGGAGGAGGAAGAGGAGGAAGAGGAGGAAGAGGAGGAAGAGGAGGAAGAGGAGGAAGAGGAGGAAGAGGAAGAAGAAGAGGAAGAGGAGGAGGAAGAAGAAUACGAGGAGGUGGAGACAGAGGAGGAGGUGGAGGAGGAGGAAGAAGAGGAGGAGGAGGAGGAGGAGGAGGAGGAGGAGGAGGAGGAGGAGGAGGAGGAGGAGGAGGAGGAGGAGGAGGAGGAGGAAGAGGAGGAGGAAGAAGAAGAGGAGGAAGAGGAAGAGGAAGAGGAGGAGGAAGAGGAAGAGGAGGAGGAAGAAGAGGAGGAAGAGCAGAAAAUACCAAAAGAAGCAGGAAAAACAGGGGAUGGGAAGGAGAGAGAGAAAAACAACAAAACCACAGCUUCAUUUGCAAAGGAUAGCUCCUCCGGAAGCCCCUCUGUGGAUAAGUCAGGAGAUAAGUCAGGAAGCAAGUCAGGAGACAAGUCAGGAGACAAGUCAGGAGACAAGUCAGGAGACAAAUUAGAUCUGGAAGGGGAGAAAGAGGAGAAAGGACCUACUGCAGCGCAACCAAAAGCAGAUGGAGCAGCAGCAGCAGCAGCAGAAGUAGCAGCAGCAGCAGCAGGAGGGCAACAGAAAGAGCCAAGUAGCCCAUCCAAACCUGCAAAGCUAUCAAAGCUGGCAAGUGUUUUGUCUCCUGCUGCCACGGCCGCUGCUGUGGAGGCGCAGAGAGAAGCAGCAGAGGCCGCUGCUGCUCUCGAAGCCGUGGCUAAUAAGACGCUGAAAGCUGCGAGGGAGGCACAGGGGGGGGCAGGAGGGGUGGAGGGAGCGGGGGUGGACGCACAGAGAGAAGCAGCAGAGGCGGCUGCUGCUCUUGAAGCCGUGGCGAAUAAGACACUCAGAGCUGCGAGGGAGGCACAGGGGGGUGGGGGAGGGGGAGGAGAGGAAGGGAGGGUGGGAGCAAAGGACGUGCGAGUAACAGAGGGCGACGGGGGAGAGAAAGGGGGAGAGGGGAAGGUUGAUGGAGGGGAGGAGAAGGGAAAGGGGGAAGUUGCGGAGGGGGAGGGGAGGGGCCAGCAGGAAAAGCAGGAAGGCACGGAGAGGAGUGGCGGUGAGAAGGAAGGAGAUGAAGCGGUGGGGGGGAAGCAGCAAGGAGAUGCAGAGGGGAAUGGGAGAGAGGCGGAAGGGGGUGUGGGAGAUGCGACGGGGGAUGGGAGAGAUGCAGAGGGGGGUGGGGGAGAGGCCGAAGGGAAGGGGAGUGCGAUGCGGCAGGCGUUCAACACAGCGGGGUUCCCGAUGCUGGGGAGAGUGCCGUGGGGGCGAGAGCUGCACUCCCUGGUCAUGGGCGGCGUGCCCAUGAACCUGCGUGGCGAGGUGUGGCAGAUAUUUGUGGGCACCAAGGCGAGGAGGCGAGCAGGGCUGUACGAUGCACUGCUGGAGGAGGCACACCGGGAGGACGACCUGUGCCCCAACAGCACCCUCGCUGACAUCUACGCCCGCAUUCGUGCCAAAGACGUGCACAACUCGUGGGCCGUGCAGAUUGAAAAGAGAUCCUUUCCCCCGUCUCCCUCCCGACCCAACCUGCAUUCCUCCAUCCCCGCUCUCCACCAGGACCGUCCUCGCACCUUCCCCGGGCACCCAGCUCUGGACUCUUUAGGGCGAGACUUGCUGCAUGGCCCCAAGAUAGAUAUCAUCAACCAGUUUCAUUUCCCCCCUUCGAUCCCUUCCCGACCUCCGUUCCACCAUCCUCUCUCCCCCCUCUGCCAGGACCUUCCGCGCACCUUCCCCGGCCAUCCAGCGCUGGACUCCAUUGGGCGAGACUCGCUGCGCCGCCUGCUGACGGCGUAUGCGCGCAAGAACAAGGACGUGGGGUACUGCCAGGUGCGUGUGGGUUGA